CCUUGAAACAGUGCAUACACCAUCAGUCGCGUAAAAUGGACAACUUUUUGAGGACCCACGUCCGCAUGUACGAUGAAGAACGUCUGGCCAGGCUGGACUCUCUGGACAUUUUCGACGAGAUGAUCACCUUCCUGCGAGUGUUUCUAGAUUUUUGCGGUGCCGACGUGCUUUUGAUGGAGAAAUUCCGAUGGAACUUUCGCACCUGGCUGUGUUUCUGGGUGCUGGUUUCGUUUUCGAUCUGUUUGUUUUAUACGAUAGCUUACAGUUCGGAAGACAUUUUUGCCAUCAUGGAUACUCUUUCGUUGUCGGGAAUAGCUCUUCAAGGGGCCUUCAAGAUGCAUGGUGCUCUUACUCGAGUCAAAUACUUUCAACAAAAGUACAUGGACAUCAGAGCAAUGUACAUACGGUUUUCCAGGGAACCGAAUACCAACUUGUCACUGAGCAAGUGUUGCUUGACUAUUACCUACAUUUUCCGAUUUUUCCUACUUGUCUAUGCUGCCGGAGGUUUGGCGUACUUUAUCAUUCCCGUGUAUAUGUUGGUCGUCCAUCAAAAGGUGACGCUGAUUUUACAUCUGGAACUUCCGUUCGUUGAUCCUAACGAGCUCACCGGAUACGUCAUUACCACGAUUUAUCAGGCUGUGAUGAUAAUUCUUGCAAUUGCUGGCAUUUUGGCGGCAGAUAUGGCUAUUAUGAUUUUGGUACUUCACAUUUUCGGAAUAGUCGACAUAUUUUCCAAUAAACUCGAGGCACUUGAUCGAAUACUGGAAAAUCCGAUCGUCGACCCGGAACUAGUGAAGAGCAAGGUCACCGAAAUUUGUGUGAUGCAUAGAGAAAUCAUCAAAUAUGAAGAAGAUCUUGACGAAUGCUACCAUACCACGGUGUUCAUACAAGUGAUGUCAUCCGUGUCGUGUCUCAGUAUGGCAUUGUUCGUGGUUUACAUGACCAGGGAUUGGACCAGAGUGAUGUUCUUAGGAGCCACCUUCUUUCAGCUGCUGGAGUUUUGUACUCUAGGAACGGCAUUGACUCUCAAAAAUGACCAAGCCCGGAUUGCCCUUUACAAUACCAAGUGGUACCUAUUGAGUAUAUCCGAUCAGCAACGUCUGAAAUUUGUUUUGCAUCGAUCUCAGAAUGCAGUGGAGAUGACCAUUGGAGGUCUUGCUCUUUUGAACAUGGAAACUUUUGUGGCUAUAAUGAAAACAAUUUAUUCCUAUUUUACUAUGUUGAUAACAUUUAUCGAAUAAGUAGGAGAACAGAUAUUGAGGAAGAAUAAAUAAGAUGAUAAGAAGGUAAUAGUAUUGGAGUCUAAGUGGCUACGCAGUCUUUAUUCUUAAAACGGGUUUAUUGUUUACCCAACGUUUCGGAACUUAGGGAUGAUGCCUACAUCAGAGGGAAAAUAAUGUUCUCGUUUUGUCUCUAGUGUUUUGGCUAACUUUAACUGUCCUGAUUCUAG